UAAUAAGUGGUCAUCAAAUGGAAGUGUGCCUGGGAAGCUCCACUGCGUUUGCUUCUCCUUCCUCCACCGCCUUCGCCCUCGGGAUUCGUCGCCGCUGUUCUACUUUUCCGGUACUACUUUGGGAUCGUCUUCCUUUGGGGAAAAGUAGAGACUUGAAGUGCUGUUCCUUGUCUAGUGACAAACAGAAUACCAAAUAUUGUUACUGUAGCGGCAAAUGCAAAUAUAAAAGGUUACCACUGUCACUUUCGUUGCUAGAGAACAGAUUUGUUGGUUGCUGUUCUAAGCUGAAGACUGCCUGCAUUACCGGGAUUGGAAAAUUUACCCCAAGCCUUCAGAAAGUGCUGCAAAGUCCUGAGAGGUUUAACAUUCUUUUUCAUGCCUUUUCGAUCCGAAUUAUUGCUGGAGCAAUGAUUGCCAUGACAUUGGGUGCCACUAUUGUGAAAUCCCCUUCCUGGGCCCUUAGUGAAGAAAAUCUUCUUUUCUUGGAAGCGUGGAGAACGAUCGAUCGUGCUUAUAUUGAUAAAAGUUUCAAUGGGCAGAGUUGGUUUAAGUACCGAGAAAAUGCAUUACGCAAUGAACCUAUGAACUCGAGAGAGGAGACCUAUGCUGCUAUAAAAAAGAUGGUUGCUACUCUGGAUGACCCUUUCACUCGUUUCCUGGAGCCUCAAAAAUUUAAAAGUUUGCGGUCGGGAACACGGAAUACUCUAACUGGAGUCGGCGUGUCCAUUGGGUACCCUGCUGGAAAAGAUAAGCCUGUCCCUGGACUGGUUGUUGUUUCAGCUACACCUGGAGGUCCAGCAAGUAAGGCUGGAGUUCUUUCAGGGGACUUGAUUCUUGCUAUUGAUGAUACAAGUACAGAAAAUAUGGGAAUAUAUGAUGCUGCUGAUCGCUUACAGGGACCAGAAGGAAGUGGUGUGGAUUUAGUUGUGCGACACGGUUCUGAGACAAGACACCUAUCCUUAGUACGGGAAAAAGUUUCACUCAAUCCAGUGAAGUCACGAAUCUGCAGAACGCCACUUCUCGGGGAGGAUGGUCCUCUUAUUGGAUAUAUCAAAUUAACAUCAUUCAACCAAAAUGCUUCCGGUGCUGUGAGGGAAGCUGUUGAAACCUUGAGACAGAACAAUGUAAAAGCCUUCAUAUUAGACCUUCGCGACAAUAGCGGCGGGCUCUUCCCCGAAGGAGUUGAAAUCGCUAAGAUUUGGCUGAACAAGGGCAUAAUCGUAUAUAUCUGCGACAGCAAAGGCGUUAGAGAUAUUUAUGACACUGAUGGAAGCAAUGCAUCAGCCGCCAUGGAACCUCUAGUGGUGUUGGUCAAUAAAGGAACUGCAAGCGCAAGCGAGAUUUUAGCAGGCGCGCUAAAGGACAACAAACGCGCCACACUAUUUGGGGAACCUACAUAUGGGAAAGGUAAAAUUCAGUCAGUUUUUGAGCUGUCGGAUGGAUCUGGCUUGGUCGUAACUGUUGCUCGCUAUGAAACACCUGCCCACAUAGAUAUCGACAAGGUUGGUAUAAUUCCAGAUCGUCCCCUGCCGAUUGCAUUCCCCAAAGACGACGAAAGUUUCUGCGGCUGCUUCCAGGAUCCAGCUGCCAGUUGCUAUCUCAACAGAUCCGAGCUAUUCUCCAGGUGACGGCAUUCACCUGUGGAUUCUUUAUUCUUUAGAUUGCAUUCAUUAUGUUUCAAGGAUGAUGAUGAUGGAUCCCAAUGAAAUUUUAUUUCAUUUGUUUUUGCAUAUCAUAUAGAUGAUUGAUCACAUCCAAUGUCUAUAGAAUGGAUUUUGGACA